AUGAAGACAGAUAAUAAGAACAAAGAGUUUAUGGCUAAUUUAAAGUUAUUUAAUGAGUAGAUUGCAACUAUGAUUAGCAAUGCGGGAAAGAUUCUAAAGAAAAGUGAUGAUAAAAAGGAAGAAGCGAUGAACUAUGCUAUGGUUACUUUCCUUAAAAAUUAUUCUCAAGGCUUUGAAGUAAAUAUGGAUAACUUUAAGACUGUAAUUCAUCUCUAUUUUAUAAGUAUUUGCAAUGGCUUUGGAAUAGCAGAUAAUCAAAUGCUAAGAAUAGGAACAGGUUUAUACAGCCCAACAAAUCUAAUAAAUCAUUCUUGCGAACCUAGUGCAAUGGUGAUAUUUAAUGGAAAAAGGCAAUUCAUCGUUUCCUGCAGAGAUAUUGAGCCAGAUGAAGAAAUUACGAUAAGCUAUGUUGACAACGGUAUUAAAGAAAGAUUGAUAAGGUCUUAAUAUUUGAUCGAUUAGUACUAUUUCAACUGCUCCUGCAUUAGAUGUCUCAAAUAAAUACAAGAGAAUACAGAUAAGUCUGAGCUUUAAUUGAGCCAAAAUCUUUCAGAAGAUCUUGAAUAAUUGAAUUUAUAAGCUCUGUAACUUGAAUAAGAAGGGCAAUUCAAAGUAAGCUUGGAUAUUUUGCUAAGUUUACUUGAGACUGUGAAAUAAGGAUGCUAUAUAAGUCAGAUUCAAAAAGAGAUUUAUGAAAGAAUCACAUAUUUAGCUGUGCAAUUGAAAGAUUAUAAAACAGCCAGUGUAUUUCAAAAUUAAUUAGUAGAUUUAUGCGAGAUUCUAUAUCUAUAAAAGGAUCAUCUACCUCACCCAUUAAUGGCUAUGCAUUACUAUCAAUAGGGAAAGUUAAUGUCAUAAAGAAAAAAAUAUGAUGAAUCAGUUCUGGCAUUACAAAAGGCUAGCAGUUUAAUUAGUGAUUAUUACGGUAUUAAAUCGAAGAUUGAUGGUAAGAUGAUUGAUGAAAAAUUAGUGAAUGAGGUUAAUGAAAAUCUUCUCGCUAACAUUCAGCUUCAGCAGAAUAAAAAGAAUAAAAGCAAAGAUAAUUAAUUAUGA